GCGCGGGCACCCGGCCCCCCAGCGGGAGGAUGAAGCGGCGGAACGCCGACUGCAGUAAGCUCCGCCGCCCCCUAAAGCGGAACCGGAUCACCGAGGGCAUCUACGGCAGUACAUUUUUAUACCUGAAAUUCCUGGUAGUGUGGGCACUUGUCCUCCUGGCAGAUUUUGUCCUGGAGUUCAGAUUUGAAUAUCUGUGGCCAUUUUGGCUUUUCAUCAGAAGCGUCUAUGAUUCCUUCAGAUACCAGGGACUGGCCUUCUCAGUAUUUUUUGUUUGUGUAGCAUUCACGUCAAACAUAAUAUGUCUGCUGUUCAUCCCCAUUCAAUGGCUUUUUUUUGCUGCUAGCACAUAUGUGUGGGUUCAGUACGUAUGGCAUACAGAAAGGGGAGUGUGUUUGCCCACAGUGUCCCUCUGGAUACUCUUUGUUUAUAUUGAAGCAGCCAUUAGAUUUAAAGAUCUCAAAAAUUUUCAUGUAGACCUUUGUCGGCCAUUUGCUGCUCACUGUAUUGGGUACCCUGUGGUGACUUUGGGCUUUGGCUUCAAAAGUUAUGUCAGCUACAAAAUGCGGUUGAGGAAGCAAAAGGAAGUGCAGAAAGAGAACGAAUUUUACAUGCAGCUUCUUCAGCAAGCCCUCCCCCCAGAGCAACAAAUGCUGCAGAAGCAAGAAAAAGAGGCCGAGGAAGCAGCCAAAGGAUUACCCGAUAUGGAUUCCUCGAUCCUUAUACACCACAAUGGAGGUAUCCCAGCCAACAAAAAACUCUCCACAACUUUGCCAGAGAUAGAAUACCGAGAAAAAGGGAAAGAAAAAGACAAAGAUGCCAAAAAACACAACCUUGGAAUAAAUAACAACAAUAUUCUACAACCUGUAGACUCUAAAAUACAAGAAAUCGAAUAUAUGGAAAACCAUAUCAAUAGUAAAAGAUUAAAUAAUGAUCUUGUGGGAAGUACAGAAAAUCUCUUGAAAGAGGACUCAUGCACUGCUUCCUCAAAAAACUACAAAAAUGCCAGUGGAGUUGUGAACUCCUCACCUCGAAGUCACAGCGCCACAAAUGGGAGCAUUCCUUCCUCAUCUAGUAAAAACGAGAAGAAGCAGAAAUGCACUAGCAAGAGCCCAAGUGCACACAAGGACUUAAUGGAAAACUGUAUUCCUAAUAACCAGCUAAGCAAACCAGACGCACUGGUAAGGCUGGAACAAGACAUUAAAAAAUUAAAGGCUGACCUGCAGGCCAGCAGGCAAGUGGAACAGGAGCUCCGCAGUCAGAUCAGCUCCCUCUCCAGCACCGAACGAGGGAUCCGCUCAGAAAUGGGCCAGCUCCGGCAGGAGAAUGAGCUGCUGCAGAACAAGUUGCAUAAUGCUGUGCAAAUGAAGCAAAAAGACAAGCAGAAUAUCAGCCAGUUGGAGAAAAAGCUAAAAGCUGAACAAGAAGCUCGAAGUUUUGUAGAAAAGCAGCUAAUGGAGGAGAAAAAAAGGAAGAAGUUAGAAGAAGCUACUGCUGCCCGGGCUGUUGCAUUUGCUGCUGCAUCUAGGGGAGAGUGCACCGAAACCUUACGGAAUCGGAUCAGAGAAUUAGAAGCAGAGGGCAAAAAGCUCACGAUGGACAUGAAGGUGAAAGAAGACCAGAUCAGAGAACUAGAACUGAAAGUCCAGGAGCUUCGGAAGUAUAAGGAAAAUGAGAAGGACACCGAGGUGUUAAUGUCAGCCCUCUCAGCCAUGCAGGAUAAAACACAGCACCUGGAGAACAGCCUGAGCGCAGAGACACGAAUCAAGCUGGACCUGUUCUCUGCACUGGGGGACGCAAAGCGACAGCUGGAGAUUGCCCAAGGACAAAUUCUUCAGAAGGACCAGGAAAUCAAGGACCUCAAACAGAAGAUAGCCGAAGUCAUGGCCGUCAUGCCCAGCAUAACGUACAGUGCUGCCACCAGCCCCCUGAGCCCUGUUUCCCCCCACUACUCUUCCAAAUUUGUGGAGACCAGCCCCUCUGGACUUGAUCCCAAUGCCUCUGUUUACCAGCCCCUGAAGAAAUGAAGGCCAGCAGUGUGUUUUGUCCAACCAUUGGGUUUUCAGAAGGCAUCUCAAAGGAGCGUCUCUGGCAGUCAAGAUAAAAAAAGUUUAUAUUGUAUUUUGUGGGACUGUAUAUGUUGUCGUUUUUUAAAAGGGGGGAAAGAUAACAUCCAAGUCCGAUUAGAACUGCCCAUCAGUUUUUCUUGUAAAUUUUUAGAAGACCUCACAGAACUUUGCAGUUUAUUUUUUUCGGCCAAUACAUUAAAACCAUUCUUGGAUUUCCAGUAGCCAAUUUUGCCUUUUAUGUAUUCUUACAGUUUCCUCUU